UUUGUUUUGAUUUUACCAUUUGUUGUACAUUGAAACGAAAACUUUGAAAACUUUUACUUCUAAAAUUAUAUUUUUCUACAAAUGCAAGAGUUUCAAACAUAAUGUCCAAAUUAAGUAGCAUAUUACCUAGCCAAAGGUUUUGGAUUACAAUAAAAUCAAUUGGACACAAAAGAUGUUUGCAUACCACAAAUAAAUAUCAGCAGGAGCAUAAUUAUAUCAAUUGGGUAAAACCUUCAAUUGGACAGGAUUCUGGUCUUCAAAUUUAUAACUGUGUAGCAAAAAAAAAUGUACCACUUAUAUUUCCUUCUACGGAUUAUAUUACGUGGUACACGUGUGGGCCUACUGUUUAUGACUCUGCACAUUUAGGACAUGCUAGCUGCUAUGUAAAAUUAGACAUAAUUCAACGCAUAAUACGUGAUUACUUUAAACUGAAUUUAGUAACUGCAAUGAAUAUAACAGAUAUUGAUGAUAAAAUUAUAGCCAAAAGUAAAGAAACUGGUGUUAACUGGCAAGAAAUCGCGCGAUUCUACGAAACAGAAUAUUGGGCUGAUAUGAAAAAAUUAAAUGUUAGUGAACCAAAUUUGAAAAUUCGCGUUACUGAACAUAUGCCAAAGAUAAUAGCAUUUAUUGAAAAUGUUAUUGCGAAAGAUUAUGCUUAUUGUGGCGAUGAUAAAUCAGUUUAUUUCAAGGUGCAGAAUUUUCCAUAUUAUGGCAAAUUACAAAAAUUAAAUUUAACAGCUGUUGAAACAACUGUAACACCUACCACAGUUGGAGCAGUCAAUAAAAUGUCAAUUACUGAUUUUGCACUUUGGAAAGCACAGAAAACUCCAGAUGAACCAGCAUGGGCAGCACCUUGGUCAAACGGACGACCAGGUUGGCAUAUUGAAUGCAGCGUAUUGGCUAGUUUUUUGUUUGGUAAUAAAAUAGAUUUCCAUGCUGGUGGAGUGGACCUACGAUUUCCACAUCAUGAAAAUGAAGAGGCACAAUGUUGUGUUUAUCACAAUACCAAACAAUGGGUGAAUUAUUGGGUACAUACAGGUCAUUUAAAUGUGAAAGGACAGACAGAAAAGAUGUCAAAGUCGCUAAAGAACACAAUUUCUAUAGCAGAAAUGUUAUCAGUGUACACAGCAGAUGAGUUUCGUAUGGCAUGUGCGCUAUCAAAUUAUAGAAAUGCAAUGGAAUAUGGUGACGAACUAAUGCAAACUGCUAGAGCCACUUUAAAUAAGUUUAAAGAUUUUGAUAAGGAUUGUCAAGCUUAUUUACAAGGUAAAAAGAAAAGUGUCAAUUUGGAUGGCAUUGAAAUUCUUAAAAAUCUUAGUCAUGUUAAACGCCAAGUGGAUGAAGCAAUCAAAAAUGAUUUCGAUACGUCGCAUGUUAUUCAGCUGUUACUUGAACAUAAUACGAAUAUCAGUCGUGUCAUUAACUCUGGCACAGAUACUGGUUUGACUACAACGAGUUGCUUGGAUACGAUUGCUGCUGUUAGCAAUUACAUGCAACAAAUUUUACGAACAUUUGGUUUUGCUUUUACUAUGCAAAAUGCUGCAGACUCGGUAAUAAGUGAUUGCCAUGUUAAUGUUAAUGAGCUGCUGGAAGAUUUACUUCGUUCACGCAAAAUUAUUCGCGAUCGCGCAAUUGCUACUAAAAACAAUAAGCUCUUUGAAAUUUGUGAUGAAUUAAGAAAUUGCUUACAAUCGCAUGGUAUCGAAAUACGCGAUCAUAGUAAUGGCAGUUCCUGGAAUUUUACUGGCAAUAAAAAGUAAAUAUUUUCUUAUUGGAUUUUUCUAAUAAAUAUUGUUGAAAGAUUUGUAAAUUUUAUGCAAUAAUGUUUUUAUUUUAUUUAUAGUUUAAGAUGUUUUGUUACGUAGGAAAUAAAA